CGCGCGUGCGCGCGCGAGGCCAUCGAAGGGUGGCGCCCGCGACCGCUGAACUCUUUCCAGAAGCUUGAUAAGAUUGGCCAAGGCACAUAUAGCAAUGUAUACAAAGCCAGAGACCUAAUGACAGGAAAAAUCGUAGCAUUAAAGAAAGUGAGAUUCGAUAUCACAGAGCUAGAGAGUGUAAAAUUCAUGGCAAGAGAAAUCUCAGUACUCCGAAGGCUAGACCAUCCCAAUAUCGUCAAGCUUGAAGGCUUAGUAACAUCUAGAGUCUCACAUUCAAUCUACUUAGUGUUCGAGUACAUGGAGCAUGAUCUUGCAGGACUCGCAGCGUCCCCUGGCAUCAAAUUCACUGAGCCUCAGGUCAAGUUCUACAUGAAACAGCUACUCUCUGGCCUCGAACACUGCCAUAGCCAAGGAGUCCUUCAUCGUGAUAUCAAGGGUUCAAAUCUGCUUCUUGACAAUGAAGGGAUUCUUAAAAUUGCAGAUUUCGGGUUGGCUUCUACUUUUGAUCCUGACAAGAAAGAACCCAUGACUAGUAGAGUUGUCACACUUUGGUAUCGUCCUCCUGAGCUCCUUUUAGGCGCAACUUACUAUGGUGUCGGUGUUGAUCUCUGGAGUGCAGGUUGCAUAUUGGCUGAGCUGCUUGUGGGAAAACCGAUACUUCCAGGACGAACAGAGGUAGAACAAUUGCAUAGGAUCUUUAAGUUGUGUGGCUCCCCUUCAGAGAAGUACUGGAAGAAAUCAAAGCUGCAUCAUGCAACCAUGUUCAAGCCUCAGCAACCAUAUAAACGCUGUAUUGCCGAGACCUAUAAGGAAUUCUCGCCUUCUUCACUUUCACUAAUCGAAACCUUACUCUCAAUUGACCCGGAUGAACGGGGAACAGCAACUUCAGCUUUAAACAGUGAGUUCUUUACUACGAAGCCUUAUGCUUGUGAACCAUCAAGCCUGCCUCACUAUCCUCCAAGCAAAGAAAUGGAUGCAAAGUUGAGGGAUGAAAAAGAUCGAAGGCAAAGAAAAAUUGAUGGCAAAAGAAAUGGUAACAGAAGAAACAAAGCUCGAAUCUAUGACCAGAGAACCAAUGAACGCCGAAGCAGAGCAGUUCCUGCUCCGGAGGCAAAUGCUGAGCUACAAGUUAACUUAGAACGACAGAGGAUAAUAGCCAACAUAAAUGCAACGAGCAAGAGCGAAAAGUUCCCUCCACCACAUCAAGAUGGAGCGGUCGGGAUUACAACAGCGUCAUUCACUUCAUCUUUCUUUGACUCAAAGGUUGAGGCUGGUCGACCACUGGCAACUCUAGUUCAGAAUGGUUUAAAACCUCAGACAACUGUUUCUGAGAACUUCUCGAAACCGCUCAAAUCUUCAUCUGUUGGGAUCUUUAUGGAUAUCAGGAGGAAUCAUAGAAUUUAUAGGAAGAAAAGGGGGAAGGAAUUAGAGGUUUUUGGUGCUGGAUUGUAGUCCAUUGUAUAAUUAUGUUGAUGGCUGGGAUACUUUAGUUUCUCAUUAAUUCAUGCCAUUUUGCUAAUGUGUAUAUAUUUGGAAUGUAAGGUGGUCUGUUGUCGGAUAAAUGUUGUAAUUUAAAGGAAUGUGGCUGAGUACAUACUUUUGUUGCUGCGAA